AUGUCCACUCCUACCACCGACGCUCCUGUCCUUACCCAAGAUGACCCCCCUCCCACCGCAACGCAGCUCUACAAUGAAGGCCGCAAACUCCCCGAAGAGCUCCCCAACCUAGGCGACCUCCCCGAUCGCCUAGAAGGCAUCGCCAACUACGACAGCUGGUCCUACCUGAUCGAAACGACGCUCGAAGUCGCCGACAUCCCCCAAAUGAUCCAGCCUUCCAUCCCUCACCCAUCCCCCUCCGACCCAUCCUACCCCCUCUGGCGCCGCACCUCCAUCCAGGUCAAGAACUGGCUCGUCCGCCAACUCAAACCCGAUGUUCUCUCUCGUGUCCUCCGCCGCCCAACCCUCCUUCCCCGUUCUUCCCCCUCUGAUAAUAACCGCGCGGCCCCCAGAUUCGCAGACGAAAUGUACACCCAUAUCCACCGCGUCAUCAUGAAUUACUCCCCAGGCCUGCAAGCCCUGAACUGCGAAAUGGCCUACAUUAACUGCAUCUUCAUGACGCGAGGAGCCCACCAGACCCUGCGCGACUUCAUCACCGCGUUCCGCGAAGCCGUGCACCUGACGAAUCAAAGGGAUUGUGACGUGACGCCCUACUGUGCUGCGCUGAUGUUGUUACGCAGGGUGCGUGACGAUCUGGGUGCUGUUUUUGUGGGUGGACUGAUUCGGGAGUUGGAUCGUCCGAAUGCGCCGACGAGGUAUUCGUUUAGGGAGUUUGAUACGUUGUGUGAUUUUUUGAUGUUGAGGGAUCGGGUUGAGGAGCUUGGAGAAAGGGUAGGGGAUGGGAAUGGGGAGGGUGAUGGUGGUGGUGGUGAUGAUGGGGAUAUGGCUAGGGGUGGGGAUCAGGAUGGAGGUGAUGGGGAUGAGGUUGGGGUUGCGCUUAAGUUUGUGAUUGAGGUUAGAGAUGAAGAUGGCGAUGGCGAGCAUGAUGGCGCUCAGGAUGGGAAUGAGAUUGCGAAUGCAAAUGCGGUUGCAGAUGAGAUUGAAGAUGAAGAUGAGGAUGAGGAUGAGGAUGGACAGGGAAAGGGGAAGAAGAAGAAGAAGAAGAAGAAGAAGAAGAAGAAGGGAAAGAAAUGA